AAGCCAGCCAGCAAGACAGGGCCAGCAUCUGCUGUACGCCGCACUGAGGCACUGAGGCUCUGUCGCAGCACGAACGAUCGCAGCCGUGCGACGCGCUGCUGACCUGCAAAUUUCAUUGCAAACAGUGCACGAGCAAGCCUGGUGCAGGUCUCCAGCAGGCAGCACAAAAAUCGCAGCGCUGCAACGAUGGGCGAGAAGAUGGGCCCCAACACCCUGGCAGCCUUCCACGCCGGCGCCGACUUCAUGGCGGCCAAGAUGGCAGAAGAGGACGAGUCGAGCGACGACGAAGCUUUAUUAGCAGGCGCCCCGAUGGAGUCCUACGGCCAGGCGCGCAUGGCGGAACUACGCGAAGCGGCGGAACGAAGAAACAAGCCGCCCGGCGCUCUGAGGGUUGACCCGACGGCCUGGCGGCGACUCGUCGUCGACGCGUCGAGCGACCGGUGGGUCCUUGUAAGCUUGGACCACCCCCCAAAUCCGAAAUGUGAAGCGACGCUCGAGGCCCUCGAGAGCAUACCCAUCAGUAGAAGGGGCGGCUGCGAGCUGCGAAGGGUCGAGGCGAAGUUUUGCGUUCCUGAAGAAAAGCUCGGGUCCCUGCCGGCAAUCUUCGGCUACUUUGGAGGCGAGUUGCGCGCGAGGCUUAUCGGUAGAGAGCUCCUCGAUGGUAAUGGCGAGGCGCCGUCACGAGAACUGCUCGUGGAGAAGCUCGUGGCGCUGGGCGUGAUCCCGGGCGACGGCAACGACUCCGAGACUAGUGUGUGAUAAACUGUAG